AUGGAGUUUAACGUCAUUUGUCUCCUGGUCGUCAUGUGGGGACUGUCCUUCUCAACAGGGUCCCCGGUGUCAGGCGCUGCAGUGGCCGCAUCAGCCGCUCCCUCUGGCGACCCCACAGUGAGCCUCGCUCCCCGGCGGCUCAGCCGCUCCAAGCGCUGCUCCUGCUCAUCAUUCCUGGACAAGGAGUGCAUCUACUUCUGUCACCUGGACAUCAUCUGGAUCAACACACCAGAGCGGAUUGUCCCGUAUGGUCUGGGAAGUUCUCCGCGAGUCAGGCGAUCGGUGAAGAACACUUUGACAAUGUCGUCAGUCUCAAAGUCCAGAUGUAAAUGCGUCAACCAGCAAGACAGCUCGUGCUGGCAGUUCUGCGAAGAUGGGCACCAGGCACGAUGGUUUCAAAUCAAAGACCAAAAACGCAGCCUAGAGGCAGACCCAGGUAGCAUUCAUCAAACAACACAGGACUGCAAAGGUCAUCCACUAAAAUGUGCUUAUAUACAUCUCCGCAACAUCACAAAAAAGUUGAAGCCAAGAAAGGGAAACAUUUUGCCUACAUCGAUGAAAUGGAUAAGCAAAAUAAGGAAAUUAAUGCAAGAAAACCACAUCAACAUGAAGCACUUACAGGUUUCCAAGGCAAACUCUAUGACAGAAUGCAAUGACUGCAAGCGCUGACAGGUUCUCAAUUAGUAGAGAUUUUAUUGCAGUCAAAGAAAGCAGCACGUAUUUGGCUGCUUCCAUGGGAUAGGUUACCAUUCUGUUCUGGCAAGGGACCAGGGAGUGUCACUUCAGUGUGGAGUUUGCCAGAACUGAUGGAGCCUAGACUACCACUCAACUCAGCCUUACAAAGGGAGAUUCAACAGCAGAAAGGAGUUUACAAAAAUGAAUCUUAAAAAUGGAACAUGAUUACUUAAAGUAAGCUGAGAUACAAACCUCUGCAAUUUCCGUUCACAAGCUGCUGGAAAGGAGUGUGUCUGUCGUUAGAAAGGCCUCAGAUGCGUAUAAUGGAGUAAAGAGAUCCCCACUGUCACUGGAUUGUCACUGGAUCCCCACUCAAGAAGAUUAAAUGGAUGGACAAAGCGGAUUUCAAAGUCAUACGGUCAAAAGAUUUCCCUUAAAGACAGGGAGUGACAUUCAAUACAUCAGCUGAAACAAUGUUUUCGGAAGACGCAUUCAAGACAUUUCUGUACAUAGAAUUAUCACAAAGUGCAGAUGCUCAGUUUAAUAUAUUUCAGACUUUUUUUUAAAGAAAAAUGAUUCAACCUAGUUAUAGAACUUUUUUAAAAUUUGAAUCUACCUCACUUUUGUAAGUGUUGUUGAGUAACAAAUAUUCCCUACGAUGUCAAGAGAGAGACUUUUGACACAGCAUUAACCCUUCGUUGACACAUUUGGUUUGAGCACAAGAGAGACUGGAUUAUAUCAUGUUGGCAUCCCAAUAUCUGAAUGUACGAACUGGCAUUGUGUUUGAGUGUAGUAUGGUUCGAAUGUAUAUUAUGACACCAUGGUUGUGUAAGUGUUAGACUCUCUGGGUAACAUAAUACCACUACCUUUUAGCUGGUGCUUUUGUUGUUCAUAAAACCAUUGGAAAUUUUAUUGCUAUAUGAUAUUUAAUAAAUUAAAGUGAUACGGUUACUUAUAAGGAAGAUUACAUUUUAGAAAGUCUUAAAGACCAAAGGCAAAAGGUUGACAACCACCCUAAACUAAUUGUGAAGUAACACUAGCAUGAGCUGAUAAAGGUUUGAUGGAUAUUGCAAACAAGCUGUCUGUUCAGAAUAAGUCACUAUUGUCA